GACCGACGUGCUGGUUCCGUGAUGACUCCAUCAACGGCCACGUCGUUUGGUUCACCUAUCGAUGGGCAUGCUUCUUCCACAUACCCCCAGAAAUUCGACUACCUACACCAAUCGCAUCACGAAUGAUCGACGACUCCCCUUGCACGCCUUCCAUUGUGGCGACACGAAGUCCUCCAUUGGAUGGCGAUCACAAUUCUCCCGUGAUCAGCUCCGUGUUGGAGCAAUCGGAUCCUACUUUCGACCUUGCUGACAGAUCAUUCCACCCUGCAUUUCCUUUGGAGACAAUGGCCGCAAAUGCAAGUCGGGCCGUAGUACAGCCGGUGUCAGUGUAUUCCAGCGAGUACCUACACAACCUUGACGAGACUUAUCUGGGGUUGAAGAGCGAAGUGGGCCAUAGCGAUCAUCCCAGCGUUCCUCAGAAUAACCACCAGGAGCUGUCAUUGUUUCCCGUUGAGACGGAGCGAUCGUCGACUGCGUCAAAAUCCCUCAACAAACUGCGGGAGGAAUCAUCCAGCUGGCUUCCUACGUUUUAUCCGUUGAUGGAUUCCCAUCCACGCAUGUACCACUACAAUCUUGGGAGUAUCGACCCAUCUCGUUAUCCCUCCUUCAACCUCUGUCCUACAUUCCGCCCGCAUAGUUCAGCAUCCAUUUUCCCCGGUAGAGCAUGGGUUUGUGAAAAUUCGUUCACUUCAGACGCACCCGAUCCUUUUAGAUAUCCCUUCAUUGUCAUCUAUCCUACGGUCUACCCAUGGAUAGAACCGUAUCCCGUUAUUGCCGGCCACCCAUCUCCGGAACCUGCGCCGGCAACCUGGCGAUGCAUGCAGGAAACCCACUCAAAUAUACAUCGACCCACCCUCCCUAAUAGCAGUGAACCAGAAGUCUCGGAGGAAGAUGGUCCCUUCCUAUCCCCAGCCAGUGCAUCGACUACUGAUACUCCGUUAGAGGUCCAAAUAGGCAUCUUCGACCGUUCUAUCCUAACGAUGACCUUCACUCCGGAUGUUCUAGACUUGGUAACAGGAAUCAUGAACGAGGCAGUGUCUGGGGGUCGUGACGGGGAGUUUCAUGAGGUCGAUGCCCCCAGUGGUUUCUCAGAGCUCGGUGCCGGGGUGCGCUUCCCUGCUGGGGGGUUUUCUUUGGCAGGGCAGCGUGAUCUGGAAAUUAACAGCAUGUCAAAAAAUGGACAGUGUACGCCAUCCGAAUACAGUGAUGAUGGUCAUCAGCGACGAUUCCAGAGUGUCACACGCGCUGCUGCAUCUAUAUCCUCUUUCAAGGCGGAGUCGCCAUUUCCUCAAGACGUCCCACCUGGGUCGUCGCCUCAUUUUGAUGGACCAUACGAUGAGGACGACGAGGGUGAUGAGGAAGCCCCUUGCCUUGAGCAAUUACGAUGCACAGUCACAUCGUCCAUUUAGCAUCGAUUCUUUUGAGUUGCCAUAUUCCUAGGGCGGCGGGUGAUGGAAACAACGCCCCAACCAAAUAAUGCUCUUAAUAUCG